GUGAAGCGUUUUCUCGAAGGUCGAUUGUACGAGACGAUUUCCCCCGUCUCGUUUGCUGUUUAUGUGUCUAGAAAUUAUAUUGAUGUGAGAUAAAGCAGCUUGAGGACAGAUUUGAGCUGCUCGUCAUGUCUUCUCCAGUGGAAAUGACGGAGCUGUACGACAACGCGCUGCUCGGGAUCCUGCAGCAUGUUGGAAACGUUCAGACUUUCCUGCAGGUUUAUUUUGGUUUCCUCUACAGGAAGACGGACUUUUAUCGCCGCCUCAGCAGCCCCAACGACCGCAUGGGCUUCCCACCUGGAGUCGCUGAAAAAAUGGUUUUCAAGACAUUUAAGUUAUUUGAAAAGCUGGCAGAGGAGGACAGAGAGAGGGCAAGCAGAAGUCUGGAGGAGUGCAAAUCAGCUCCUCCAGAGGUACAAGAGCUGGAGGUUCAAUCCGAGAAGGAGGCUGAAGCUCCUGUAGAAGAGAGGAGCACAGAGGAGUCCACAGCUGCCACAGCACCAGAGACCGAUGGAGAGACGCCACACAGCAGUCACGCUGAACCUACGGUAGACAUGCAAGCAGCGGGAGACACAGCGACGGCUGCAUCAGGGCACGACGCCUUUCAGGCCGACCCAGACAGUUACAAUGGUGCGGUUAGGGAAAGUUACACCUGGUCGCAGGACUACACAGACGUGGAGGUUCGAGUGCACGUCCAGCCUGACAUCAUUAAAGGCAGACAGGUGACUGUAGACCUGCAGCCGGGGAGAGUUCGCGUAGCGGUGAACGAGAGGGGAUCGCAGAGGGUCCUGAUGGAGGGAGAAUUCACGCACAAAAUCAACACUGAGAAUUCCCUGUGGAGUUUGGAGCCGGGCAAAUGUGUGCUGCUUUCUCUGAGUAAAAUCGGGGAGGUCUGGUGGAGCGCUGUAUUGAAGGGUGAGACAGAGAUUGAUGUGAACCAGAUCAACCGGGAGCGCUCCAUGGCAACCGUGGAUGAGGAAGAGCAUGCCGUGCUGGACCGCCUCACAUUUGAUUACCACCAAAAACUCCAGGGGAAACCACAGAGUCACGAGAUGAAAGUUCAUGAGAUGUUAAAGAAGGGCUGGGACGCUGAAGGAUCUCCGUUUAAAGGACAGGAGUUUGACCCCUCCAUCUUUAACAUCCCACCUAGUGCUGUUCAGUUUUGAGACGCAGUCGAGUACACACAUCAACGGUGACAGUUUCUUGCGAUGCUAGAGAACAAACAACAACAUUGUUUCCACUGCAAACCUUCUCAUGCCAAUAUAUAAUGGACACUUUAACUAUUGUCUGAAAUAUUACAGCUACUGUAUGGUGCUAGGCCAGUUUUCAUUUACGAUUUUGAGUGUUUUAUGAAAUAAAGUAAUUAUGUCACUCUGCCCAGUUUCUGACAAGAGAUGCAGAGCCUUAUUAUUUGUAUGUUGUUUUUAAAGGCAUUUCCUUAAGAUUGAACAGAAACCAUCAGAAAUAUUUCAGUGGUGUCUGUCAGAUUUUUAAGACUUUUGUCUUCUAGCCAAUUGCUCAGAUUCACAGAUGAGAGUGAGAAUUCUUUCAAGUGUGAUGUUAGAUGUUAUUUUCCCCUCAUUUGCGUCAAAGUUUUGUUUAACAUCUGUGCCUGAAUCUAUUAAAACGUUUUGCAAACACU